GGUCCAACCAGCGGCGGCGCCGAGCGGAGCGGUGGCGAAGGCGCGGCGCCGCGAGGCCGGAGUGGCGGCGGGCGCGGCGGGGCCAUGGACCGCGUGAGCAGCUCCAUGAAGCAGGUGUCCAACCCGCUGCCCAAGGUGCUGAGCCGGCGGGCGGGCGGCGGCGGCCUGGAGGCGGAGCGGGAGAGCUUCGAGCGUGCCCAGACUGUCAGCAUCAAUAAGGCUAUUAAUGCGCAGGAAGUGGCUGUCAAGGAGAAACACGCCAGAACAUGCAUCCUGGGCACGCAUCAUGAGAAGGGGGCGCAGACCUUCUGGUCGGUGGUGAACCGGCUGCCGCUGUCAGGCAACGCUGUGCUCUGCUGGAAGUUCUGCCAUGUCUUCCACAAACUCCUCCGAGAUGGCCACUCAAAUGUCCUGAAAGACUCCGUGAGAUACAAGAACGAGCUGAGCGACAUGAGUAGAAUGUGGGGCCACCUGAGCGAGGGCUACGGACAGCUCUGCAGCAUCUACCUCAAACUGCUGAGAACCAAGAUGGAGUUUCACACCAAGAAUCCCCGCUUCCCUGGCAAUCUCCAGAUGUCUGACCGGCAGCUUGACGAGGCAGGGGAGAAUGACGUCAAUAAUUUUUUUCAGCUGACGGUGGAGAUGUUUGACUACCUGGAGUGUGAGCUGAACCUCUUCCAGACGGUGUUCAGUUCCCUGGACAUGUCACGCUCGGUGUCAGUGACGGCCACAGGGCAGUGCCGCCUGGCCCCACUCAUCCAGGUGAUCCUGGACUGCAGCCACCUCUACGACUACACCGUCAAGCUGCUCUUCAAGCUCCACUCCUGUCUGCCGGCAGAUACACUGCAGGGCCACCGGGAUCGCUUCCUGGAGCAGUUCAGAAAGCUGAAGGAGCUCUUCUACCGCUCCAGCAACCUGCAGUACUUCAAGCGGCUGAUUCAGAUCCCGCAGCUGCCAGAGAACCCUCCCAAUUUCCUGCGUGCCUCAGCGCUGUCGGAGCACAUUAGCCCCGUGGUGGUCAUCCCCGCUGAGGCAUCCUCACCUGACAGUGAGCCCAUCACAGACCUGGUGGAGAUGGACACGGCCUCACAGAGCCUUUUUGACAACAAGUUUGACGACAUCUUCGGCAGCUCUUUCAGCAGCGACCCCUUCAACUUCAACAGCCAGAACGGGAUGAACAAGGAUGACAAGGACCGGUUAAUCGAGCAGCUUUAUGGAGAGAUCGCAGCCCUGAAGGAGGAGCUGGAGAACUUCAAGGCUGAGAGCGCACGGGGCGCGGUGCAGCUGCGUGGUCGUGCCAGCGAGCUGGAGGCCGAGCUGGCCGAGCAGCAGCACCUGAAGCAGCAGGCACAGGACGAGAGCGAGUUCCUGCGUGCAGAGCUGGAGGAGCUGAAGAAGCAGCGGGAAGACACCGAGAAGGCGCAGAGGAGCCUGACAGAGAUCGAAAGGCGGGCACAGGCCAACGAGCAGCGCUACAGCAAGCUGAAGGAGAAGUACAGCGAGCUGGUGCAGAACCACGCUGACCUGCUGCGGAAGAACGCAGAGGUGACCAAGCAGGUGACGGCAGCCAGGCAGGCCCAGGGGGACGUGGAGCGGGAGAAGAAGGAGCUGGAGGACUCCUUCCAGCGGGUGAGCGAGCAGGCUCAGAGGAAGUCUCAGGAGCAGGCAGAGGUGCUGGACACACUGAAGCGGGAGCUGGCAGCCAGCAGACAGGAGCUGCAGGUCCUCCAGGGCACCCUGGAGUCCAGCACACAGGCGGGAGCGGAACAGAGCACCCGGAUCGCCAGCCUGGAGCAGGAGAGGGACAGCCUGAGCUGGGCAGCGGAGCAGCACGGGGAGGAGAUGGCCGCCUUGCGGGCUGAGCUGCAGCAGCUGCGGGACACACUCAGCCGCGAGCAGGAGAGCAGCAAGAUGGAGCUGGAGACAUUGCAGACCCAGCUGAGAGACAAGGAGAGCAGGGAGCAGGCACUGCAGUGGUGCCUGGCCGAGGAGCAGUUUGCCCUGCUGCAGGGCACCGCGCGGGAGGCGGAGCGGAUGGUGCAGGAUGCCCUCGGUCGCCUGGAGGAUCCCGCUCACAUCGGCUGCACCGGCUCGGCAGAUUACCUCCUGUCCAGAACGCUGGCAGCCUCCGAGUGUGUGGAGCAGCUGCAGGAUGCACACAGCAAAUACCUUUGCAAUCACGCAGCCUUGGGCUCCCUGCUGCCCUGCCUGGCCCUCUUUGCCCACCUCGUCAGCGACACCCUCCUGCAGGGCAGCGCUACCUCCCACGUGGCCCCCAUGGAGCCUGCCGACCGUCUGCUGGAGAUGUGCAAGCAGUGUGGCACCGAGGCCGUGAGCUACCUCAGCGCCCUGCAAGACCCAGGGACAGUGGAAGGCGCCGACUGCAGCCUCGUGACAACUUGCCUGGGCCGGAUCAGCGCCAUUGGGGAGGAGCUGCGGCCCAGAGGGCUGGACGUUAAGCAGGAGGAGCUGGGUGACCUGGUGGACAAGGAGAUGGCAGCAACAGCGGCGGCCAUCGAAACAGCGGCUGCCCGCAUAGAGGAGAUGCUGAGCAAGGCACGGGCUGGUGACACUGGGGUCAAACUGGAAGUGAAUGAGAGGAUCCUGGGCUCCUGCACGGGCCUCAUGCAGGCCAUCCACGUCCUGGUCCUGGCCUCCAAGGACCUCCAGAGAGAGAUCGUGGAGAGUGGACGGGGUGCUGCAUCCCCCAAGGAGUUUUACGCUAAGAAUUCCCGCUGGACCGAGGGUCUCAUCUCUGCCUCCAAGGCUGUGGGCUGGGGUGCCACUGUCAUGGUCGAUGCUGCUGACCUGGUGGUGCAAGGCAAGGGGACAUUCGAGGAGCUGAUGGUCUGUUCCCGGGAGAUCGCGGCUAGCACUGCCCAGCUGGUAGCAGCCUCCAAGGUGAAGGCAGACAAAGACAGUGCUAACCUUUGCAAGCUCCAACAAGCCUCCCGGAGCGUCAACCAGGCCACGGCUGGCGUGGUGGCCUCCACCAAGGCUGGGAAGUCGCAGGUGGAGGAGAAAGACAGCAUGGACUUCUCCAGCAUGACACUCACCCAGAUCAAGCGGCAGGAGAUGGACUCACAGGUGCGGGUGCUGGAGCUGGAAAACCAGCUGCAGAAGGAGCGGCAGAAGCUGGGGGAGCUGCGCAAGAAGCACUAUGAGCUGGCAGGAGUGGCAGAGGGCUGGGAGGAGGAUGCUGCAGAUUAACACCCGUGGUGGAGGCAGCCCCAUGGCGGGACACCCCCAUGGCGGGCUGCAACCCAGCUUGGUGCAGCCUUUUGGGAAGAUCCACAAUAAACCGGUGCAAAAGCCACCCCGAAGCACACGUCCUCCACGUCCCCUCUGCCAAGAGCCGCCUCCAGCGCCGGAGCACCAAGAGCCACCUGGCGAGACCCCGGGGCCGGGAGCAAGGGCUCGCCGGCCUGACGCCAGCUGCAAACCGCACGUGUAUUUAUUAGAGCUGCUUGGGAUUGGGGGGGGGGGGUGUCUCCAGGGGGGUCUUUAACCCUUUAAUUUUGUUUUUGCACAGAUUUUUUGAACUCUUUGAGCCGGCUCUGGCUGAGCGAGAGCAUUCAGGUUUCUUUUGCCUCUCGCUGCUUCUCCAGCCUUAACCCGGUCCCUGGCUCGGUGCAAACAUCCCCCCCUGCAAAGGAGCCUGCCAUGGUGCCAGGGGCCCCAGGGGUGCUGCUGGGUCGGAGCCAGCUUUUGGGGUGCUGCUGGGCUUGGUGCUAGGUGUGCUCCCCCCUCCGGCAGGGGCACCGUGUGCCUUUGGCCACUUCAGGGUGGGGGGGAGUGUUCCCAUGGGACAGCCCGGCUGGUGAGACCAGGGUGCCGGCAGCAGAACUGAGAGCAGCCAGCGGUGAGGAGGGAGUGGGUCGGACAGUGGGAGGGGUGCUGCCUUGAGGUCCUGUCCCACCAUCCUGGGUCCCAAAAAUGCCCCCCUAGCCCUGGAGCUGGGCUGCCCUGCCCCGACAGAUCACUGUGUUCAUGCCAGCAAUAAACCCUCCGCAAGGUGCUGGGCACGGGUUUGGGCAACUGUGGUGCCACCACACAAGCCACCAGCUCCUGGGGAUGGGGGGUGGCUCUAGGGCAGCAGCACAGAGUCUUUGGGGGGCAGUUGGGGUGCCCCAACACCAGAGCAUGCUGAAGCCAGAGCGAGCAGCUCCCCAUGCCCGCUCGCUCUGGGCUGGUGCCACUCCUGUGUCCUCGCCACCCUCUUUGUUGCAUGGGGGAUCGGUGCUGGCGGUGCCAUGGGCAGGGGCAGCUGUGGGGCUGGCUCUGGCCGGGGAACCUUUGUGCCUUGGAGCAGGGGGCUGGGAGGGCAGGGGGGUGUCUGCCAGCUCCGGCCCCCCACCUCAUCUUGCUGCAGCGGGGACAGUGACAUCAGCCUGCGCAGCAAUGUCCCCAUCCCCCAUGGCCACUCCCAUGGUCCUGCUGGUGCCCCUUGCAGGGCCAGGGUGUCCUUGCCAGCCUGGCAGCAUCGCUGCCUGCACCCUGCCUUCAGGCAGGUGCCGAUUCCUGAGCGGGGAGACAGCCAGACCACCCCCGUCACGGUGCUGGGGGUGCAGGAUUUGGCCUUUCUCCCUUUAGGAAGUGAUGGCAUUGCCCAGAGUGGCUGGGCUAUCACUGCGUGCUUUCCCAGUGAUAUCCGUCAGCCUUUGGCUGGCAGUCGGAGCAGUGGGACCCUCCUGCACUCCCAUGCCAUCACCAUGGCCUCAGGGCUGCCACCCGCUAUGCGCAGGAGAGCGCAACCAUCCACCAUGCAGGGACCUGGUGUCCCCGCAUCCCCCAGCCAGCCCUGCUGCCAACACACCCACUCUGUGCCCCCAGCCUGCUGCGCGCCCCUUGGGGACCUUGGGGCUCCCCCUGACUCCCCACACCCUGCCAUGGCCGUACCCUGACCUGCACCAGCUCCCCUCUGGAUGCAAUACGAACCAUCCCGUUCCUGCAGGACAUGAGGAACCCCCAAACCCACCCUGCUCUUUUGGGUGGGGGUGGUCUCACCUGUGCGGGGUACCCCCAACUACCUCAGGCCUCCAGGCUGGGUCAAUGCCAGGGGGCAGCAAGGGUGUCGCGGUGGCGGCAGGGGCUCGGGGACAGCGGCACCGCUCUCAGCUGAAACCACUUCUUUUUGUAUCUCGGUCGGGUGCUGGCAGGGGGCAAGUGUCCCCCACACCAUCCCCGGUGCUGGCGGCUGGCAAUGGGGAUGGCAGGGGUUUCCCUCCACUGCAGGUUGGGUUGGUUGUUUUUUUUCAUUGUAUGAUAAUAAUUACUACAUUGUGUGUUUUCGAUUUUUCAAUAAAGCCUUCAGCCCAGCCCUGCCGGCUCCAGGGUGGUUGGCAGCUGGGCUGAGUCAC